AUGUUUCCAUACGUUGUUGCUCAGUUGAAAAAAGUGCGCAAAAGGCAGCCUGCAAAACGCCAAGGAUUGCCAACUGAUUGCUUGAUAGAAGAGGAGAUGAAGUCAAUUUUGAAAAUUUGGAAAGGUGAUGUAACGGAGUCCGUGCUGUUGUUAGACAAGGUUAUUCCCAAGAUUCCUAAGUACAAAAGAGGUGGAAUAGCUGGAACCGUUUAUAAUCAAUCAACAUUUAUAUUACCGAUGCUCCGUGAAGCUGAAACCAUUGGCUCGUAUAAACCGCCUGAAAAAGAAAUAACUUUGGAAAGUAUGCUCCAAGAUCUGCUAAUUGAUGGCUAUCACAUGGUUUUUGAAGAAAUUAACAAUCUAAUCCUUAUUGACGCAAAGGAAAGAAAAGAAUAUGAGAAACUUUAUGGAGCCCACAAGGCUAAGCCUUUGCAUGAACAACUUGACACUAUACAGUUUAUCGCCCAAUUCCUCAAAGAUGCGGAGACUGCUAAAAACAAUGAUGAUUUUAGCUUGUUGUUUACUUGUCAUUUAAAUUUGGCGCGGACAUUUGCUCAAGGGGAAAAUUCACUGGCAGUGAGGUUUUUUGAUUUGUGUAUGAAAAUAGCAUCUGAAUAUCCUUGUGAUAAGGAUGGAAGUUCUUUAGCAUUAAGCCAACUUUAUUUUGGCCUCUAUGCUAAAUCUAAUGAUAAAAAUAGCUCGUUAAUCGUUGCUUCUAUGCUCAAUUUGGGCAAUUUCUACACCACCAAAGGAGAUUUUACAAGAGCUUUGGAAAUUUUAAAAGAAUGUCUUCAACUAUGUGAAGAAAUGAUGGACUGGAAAGGUGUGGCAUCUGCAAGUCAAUCUAUUGGAGCAGUUUUCUUCAAGUUAGAUGAUUUAGAUAAGGCAAAAGAGUAUUAUGGUCGGUUCAUAGAGGUUUCUGAUGAAGGUGAAGACAAACACGUUUUAACCGAAUCUUAUCUGGAAACAGGAUUCGCUUUCAACAACGCUGGGCAUUACAACGUGGCUAAAGAAUAUGUAAAAAAGGCCUUUGGAUCUGAAAUUACGUCUGAAUAUGAAACAAAAGCUCGUAGCUUAUAUGGGAUUGUUCAUGCGCAUUCCAUGUAUUCUUUGUACCUACCAUAUGUCAAUCGAAGAAGUAGUUAUGCUUUGGAAACACUACUUAACUGGAAAGAUUUCAGGAUCGAUAAUUUUGAAGAAAAGCCAAUCAGGCCUAAAAAUGAAGAAAAACCAAUAUUAAGAAGAGAAGUUGUGAUGAAGAAAAAAAUUAAACAGUACGAUGAUAUAAAAGAUAGUUCUACAACACUGCCCGUAUUUCUUUCACAUAUACAACCAUAUAAUUUAGAGCCAAAAUCUGUGGGGAGUUUGAGAUCUGAUGAUGUGGAAGAUCUGGUUGAUUAUUCAUUGCUUAACAAUAAUUCAUUUGUGAAAAAUGCCGUAACCACAUAUGCCGCUCACAGUGGAGCCCAAAACAUUGACUUAUCCGCCAUAUCUUUACAUGUUAAAGCCAAUACUCAAAAUAAAAGCUUAAUUGAACUCAUUCAAACUCAAAUGAAUCUUGAAAGGCCGCAUAGAGAUAAUAGAUAUGAAAGUUAA